AUGGAGCUGCGGGCUGCUCCGUACCAGGUAUCCAUACCGUUACCCCCGCCAACCGAAAAGCUGGAGCUGCCGUCGAUUUCGCAGGUCCACACCAGAGGUCCUGUUGAUAUUCCUUGGUACAACCACCACGCUGCAGAGCGACCCCUAUUGUCUGGCGACAAACUCCCAGCUCUCAGUUUACCAACGGCCACGCAGGCCAUCUCGGGCCAGUCCUAUCGGGCUAGCUACGAAGACGCGUCGGCCCUUGGUUCCAACAACACGAGCACUCGAACAAGUUUAUCGGGAGCUGCGCCUGUAGUUAGUGAAGCUAGAAGCCCGCCGCCUACGUCUGCAGACCUCACGGCCGGUGGUCAGGGCCGGCUUUCAUUGGAUUCCUCGACUCAGGAGUACUCGCUCCAACAAAACCCCGUUAGUGACGGAUUCUAUCAAAACCAGACUUCACUUGGCAGCAUGAACCAAACACAAUCCUACAUCGAUGUCCACUCAUCGCACCUGUCAUCCGCUCAGCCGUAUGCGCCUCAUGCCGCAACUGCGGGAGGGUUAGCUCAUUACCAGUACCAGCAGCCACCCGUUCUGCAGCCAGCAUCAACCACCUAUGGCCCGGCAAGCUCGUACUCUCAGUAUGCUUACCCUGGUGGAGUGACCUCCUCUCAGGGAGGUCCGCAACCCCCGACCACCUCCAUGAGCAGUGGUGUCCCAACCCAGUUGUUGCCUCUACCAGCCGUAACAACACAUGGUGCUGUUCCGACAGCGGGUUAUGGGAACACGACCGGGACCCCCUUGCAAGGGUAUGUCUAUGAUCCCACUGGCCAAGUAGCCCCACCAGGAGCGAAACCGCGCGUUACUGCCACCUUGUGGGAAGACGAAGGCAGCCUCUGCUAUCAGGUGGAAGCCAAGGGUGUCUGUGUGGCAAGAAGAGAAGACAAUCAUAUGAUCAACGGCACAAAGCUCCUGAACGUCGCAGGAAUGACCAGAGGUCGCCGUGAUGGUAUUCUGAAGAGUGAGAAGGUCCGACACGUUGUCAAGAUUGGGCCCAUGCAUCUGAAGGGCGUCUGGAUCCCCUUCGAGCGUGCCCUCGAAUUCGCCAACAAGGAGAAAAUCACGGAUCUGCUGUAUCCCCUAUUCGUUCACAACAUUGGUGGUCUUUUGUAUCACCCGACGAAUCAGAGUCGGACGAACAUGGUGGUGCAAGAAUCGCAACAGCGGCGAUUGGAGGGCCCUCAGGCUGCGCGAGCAUCUCAGGGGCCUCAGCCCUCGACUUUGCACCAUCAUCACUCCCUGCAGGGCACAGUUCCUUCGCACAUGCCGCAACCCCACACCAUGGCGUCUCAGGCCGGUGCUCGGCCGACACUCGAUCGAGCACACACAUUUCCCACGCCUCCUGCUAGUGCCUCGAGCCUCAUGCCGAUCAGCAAUCCCAGCAACUCCUAUGACUGGAACAACCAAGGGAUGAACUCGGGCGUGCCGAACUCCCAGCCGCUCUCCAUUGAUACGGCUCUGAGCAACGCCCGGUCAAUGCCGACGACACCUGCCACCACACCCCCGGGCAGCAACAUGCAGGGAAUGCAGUCAUUCCAAGGCCAAUCCGGGUACGAGUCGAAACCAUAUUACUCUGCUGCCCCGCCUUCUCAUCCCCAUUAUGCUUCUCAGCAACCUAUGACUCAGACUGGUAUGGCUUCCUAUGGACAAACGAUCCCGUCUCACCCUUACAUCAAGAGUGAGAUGGGACCCCCGUCAAGCCGGACGCCUGGCGGCCAGCCGGAGACGGAUGCACCUGAGGUGAAGCAGGAGCGCUAUGCCCACAGUAAUGGACAUGUUGGAAGCAAUGGAGCUGAGCAAGUGCCGGAGCAUGAGUCGGAGUAUGUGCAGCAUGACAAUUCUGGAUAUAACACCAACCGGGGCUCCUACACAUACACCACCAACACUUCGGUGGGCAGUCUGGCGGGUGACCACUCCCAACUUACCCCGGAGAUCACGGGUUCUCCUACCCAACAAAACGGGUCUGAACGCAUGACACCCCGUACGAGUGGUGGGCCUCCUCCCCCUUGGGGCUCCGGAUACAACACCCCUCCGCGCCCCGCCGCUGCUAGCAGCCUAUACAACAUCGUGAGCGACACCAGAGGGACAUCGGGCAAUGGCGCGACCUCUGACAAUUACUCCGUGGCUUCAAACUCUGCUCCUGGAUACUCGACAGGCAUGAACGGAUCUUUAGGCUCCACUAAGCGGAUGCGGGAAGACGAUGACGUGGAUCGCAUUCCUCGACCGGACAGCCGAGGAACGGAGUAUGAUAGCAAGCGCCGUAAGACGCUGAGCGAGGUCGGCGGUCCCGUUGGAGGUGUGCCCCUUGGGCUCCAGCCCAUGAAGGCUGGCGGUGUUAUGGCCCGUCGUCGGUAA